GGCGGUCGCCCCCCCCCCCCCCCCCCCCCUUCAUGGCCAAGCGGCGCGCGGAGCCGUUAGUGUGUCACGUGCCCGUUAAACGGCUCUUGCGGGAGCCGCCGCCGCCGCCCCGCGCUUUCGCGCCCGAGCGGCGCCCCCGGGGCGAAGCGACGGGCGCCGGCCCCGCCGCCCCGAAACGGAAGCUGGAGGAGGCAGAGGCGCCGCCGGGCAAGCGGCCCGGGCUGCGGGGGAGCAGCUCCCGCGGGGAGCAGGGGGACGCGGGGGGCAGGCGGCGGCGGCGGCGCGGCGGGCCCGCGGCGCCCCAGGACGAGCGAACGGCGGAGGGACGCGCCGGCGGCCGGGGCAAAGAGCGGGCCGCCGCCGCUGAGCAAGAAGAAGAAUUCUGUCAGUAUAACUCAUUCCUGUAUUGGAGAGCACCACUGCCUGCUAUUGAUUUGUCUGAUAUUCAGAACCUAGAUGGAGGGACUCCACCAGAAGCUAAAACUCCUUCAAGGACUGAUGCUAUGGAGACUGAAAUGGAGACCUGAUCAAUUGUUUCAUAGUUGUACAUCUACUUGCAGGAAACUUGUUUCUGUUUGGAUUCAGGUUUUUCUACUUGGGAGAAAAAUGAGCAUGCUUCUGCCUUUUUGAAGAAGUAGUAUUAUGUCAGUCUGCAAAAGCAAGUCUGAGUUGUCUUAAGUGGAUGGGAUAAUCACUAUUAGGUACUUCAUAGUAAGCUGUCUGGAGGUGUACAGUGUAGAGGAGGCUAUGAUGUCUAGCAAGAAUGCUUGAAAAUACGGAGGCAGGCUAAAAGAAGACUACAGAAAAUUAGAACUUUGGGAUGCAAUUAAAAGAAACAGGUGAAUAUGUUACAUGUCUAAAGGAAAUGGAAAAUCAUCUUGCCUGUCCUGAACAAAAAGAUAUAACUGUGGUACCUAAAAGUGAAAUAUUUAUAAUGUGAAUUUAUCAUAAAGCAUACAAACUCUAGCAAUUUUUAAUGUGGGGUUUUUUUCCGUGUUUAAUAGCUAAACCAAAAAGUAAGAGCCUACUAAAACCAGACAAAACAUUCCCUUUUCUAUGCAAACCAAAACCAAAUGUGGCAGGGAGGGGGAAGGAAAAGGGGAUCUUUUCUUCGCUGCCACUGUUGUGAAAGUUUUUCACAUUCUCCUUGUGAAAAAUUUUUUUCACCUUCUCCAUUUCACAUUACCCAAAGCAGUGGUCAGCCAGCUUUUAGGUUUUUGGUCCAUUCUCAAGUUAAUGCUAUUCUUACUCUUUGUGACAUUAGCUCUGAAUCAGUCAGUAGCAUUGAAAUGGCAGGCGUGCGCAGGUGUGUCAGGGAAAGUUAAUGGAAUAUAAAAUUGCCACAUACACUGACUGAGGUGUAGUUUUUACUGAGACUGGAUCUUGCAAAAAAUUUUUACAAAAGUUCACUAAAUAGUGUUUUUUGCUGUGAAAUAUGACUUAAUGCUUGUCUUCUGUAAUUUAUUUACAAGCUGAAGUACAAUUAGAAAUACUUGUUUUUAAUAAUAGACUGAAGUUGUAUGGGCAGACUGUCAGCCUUUGCGAAUGUGAUUUGUCUUUAAGGAUAGCAAACACUAUUUUUGCUGGAAUCAUCACUGAAGAAGGCAACUUCUGAAAUUUUCUAAUUUUUUAAAAGUAAUGUAUUUACUAAAGGACAAUAAAGUGUUGCCUGUGUGUAUUUGAAAACUUUGGGACUAUUACUAUGUAAAGUUCCUCACUUUUUUUCUUCAGAUUGUUGCUUCUAUAACUUUGCCAUUUUAUUAGGUCUUUCUGCCUAAAAUAGUCAGCUUGUCAGCCUUCUUUGUAAACAUUUGGAAACUUUUUUUCAGUAUUUGUGCUGUAAGGUAUCUGUAUUUGUUCAUUAAUAUUCAUUAGGGUCAUUAGAUUGUUAGGGUCUCUUAGUACCCACAGAAGAAAGGAGGUGGCUUAGUGACUCAAACAUUUCAUGGUGCUUGGUUGGAUGUGCUUCUGCCUGCUGUCAGAUUAGCUGGAUACAUAUUUAAACAAUAUUUAUUCUUCUCUCACAUUUUUAAUGAUAUUUUUAUAAGUCCAAAUACAUCAACUUGUCUUAGGAGGUACUUUAAAAAUGUUUUUAAAAACAAACUCCUUUUCUGGCAAGACUGCAAGUGCUAUUUCAUGUUUACUAUAACCAAAAUAAAUUAGUGAGGAAACAGA